GCUUUUGUGUAUGUAUUUCUGUCAGCUUUUCCAGGUAAAAUAUGGCUAAAAGCUUACGGAGUAAGUGGAAAAGGAAGAUGCGUGCCGAAAAGAGAAAAAAGAAUGCCCCAAAGGAACUCAGCAGACUUAAAAGUAUUCUUAAAAUAGAUAGUGAUGUUUUAAUGAAAGAUGUUCAAGAGAUAGCAACUGUGGUGGUGCCUAAACAUUGUCCAGAGAAAACUGAAUGUGUGGUACAAGAUGAAAAAGAUGACAUGAAGAUGGAGACUGAUAUUAAGAGAAACAAAAAGAGUCUUCUAGACCAGCAUGGACAGUACCCCAUAUGGAUGAACCAGAGACAAAGGAAAAGGCUGAAGGCAAAGCGAGAAAAAGGGAAGGGGAAAAGCAAAGCAAAAGCAGUAAAGGCAGCAAAGGGUUUGGCCUGGUAGACUCUUUAAAAAUUUGAAAAAUCCUACAUGGGACAGGUCUUCGAUUAGAAUGUAUACGUGGAUUUCAGCUUUCACCAAAUGAAAACUGUGUUUCCAGAUUUAACUUGGCCUUUCUCUUCAAACCCAACUUAACUCCUCAAAUUUGUUUUGGGAGCUUGAUAAAAUAUUUUCUUUGAUAAAUGAAAGCGACACUGUUAUUUUAAUUGGAUGCUGUCCAAUGUGCAGGGGUUCUCAGACUUCAAAAUUCUAUUAAGUGUUACUGUGGUUGUAAUUGUUUGGUCUCCAUAAAGAUAAAAGAAGAUAUUAUACUGACACAUUUCAGCUAAUUCAGGUUUAAAGAAAACUUACACAACUAAAAAUAUGUCAGUGGAUCUUAUAAGCACUACUUGUUUAGAGUUUUGAUUUUGUUUAAUUCAGAAUAAAAGAUAUUUUGUCUAGA